UCAGAAUCCAUAAUAUCCGCUGCCACGUUGAUUUUAGUUUUCUUUUCAAAGAAAUGUGUAAUCUAAUGAAAAACUUAAUGUUGAAAAACCCACAACUCCUCAACUACUUUUCCUUACCAUCAAGUUUUUCUCUGUCCCAAAAAUCUUUUUUGUCUAAUGUGCCAUCUUUAGAAAAUGCAUAUGAAAAUGCCAAAGCAUAUUGCAAAGGAAAGAAACCACCGCCAGACGUUGAUGUUGAUGGAGUAUUUGCCACAAAUGAACUAGACUUAAAGAAAGUGUCUGUGUAUGGGUUUGAUUAUGACUAUACCCUGGCUUGUUAUAAAGAGUCAGUUGACCACCUUAUUUACAACCUCGGCAGAGAAACACUUGUCAGGAAGUUAAGAUAUCCUUCAGAUAUCAUGAAGCUGAAUUACCAACCAGGUUUCGCUGUAAGGGGUCUUCACUUCGACAUUGGAAAAGGAUUACUUCUUAAGGUUGAUUCCUUCCAUCAAAUUCAGUUGGGAUGUGUUUACAAAGGUCUUACACCACUCUCUGAUGAAGAUGUCCUGAACCUGUAUGGACAGCACUAUAUUCCAGCAGAUUACCUCGAGUCCAAUGUUCACAAUGGUUCUCAUCAGAGUUCAUCAAAAAUGGCCCAUCUUGCUGACCUGUUUUCGGUGCCAGAAAUGUCAUUACUGUGCAAUACCACAGAAUAUUUUGUGAAUAAUAAUUUAGAUUACCAUCCUGAUAUUCUCUUCAGAGAUGUUAAAAGUGCAGUGCAGAGUAUUCAUCCAGUUAUGCAUCAAACUGUGCAGAAAAACCCUGAGGAUUACCUAGAGAAAGAUCCUAGGUUGGAGCUAUUCUUUAAUAGACUAAUUUCUGCUGGGAAAAAGCUAUUUCUUGUUACCAACAGCCCUUUCAACUUUGUAAAUAAAGGUAUGCAAUAUCUUAUCGGCGAGCAUUGGCGAGAUAUUUUUGAUGUAAUAAUCGUACAAGCACGAAAACCUAAGUUUUUUACUGAUGAGAACCGCCCGUUUCGGGUAUACGAUCUCCAUCAACAAGAUCAUGUAUGGGAUAAAGUUCGCAACCUCGAAAAAGGACGAGUUUAUUGUGAGGGCAACGUCAGACAAUUACAGGCGAUGACCGGUUGGAAGGGAAGAUCAGUGCUUUAUUUUGGCGACCACCCCUAUACUGACUUGGCAGACGCUUCACUAGUUCAUGGCUGGAAAACUGGUGCAAUCAUCAAGGAGCUUACCUCUGAGAUUAAAACGCUCAAUCAACCAGAGUUCAAAUGGCACGUCAAUUGGCUUCAAGUCUUACAACAGUUGAUUGAAGAGCAUCAAGACGCCGAAGACGAACCAUCGCAACAACUUGUUAAGCAAUGGAUUGUUGAACGCGACGAGCUUAGGAAAGAAACAAAACAUGUGUUCAACAAACAGUUUGGUAGUUUGUUUCGAACUUACCACAACCCUACGUACUUCUCACGACGUCUUUUUCGCUUUGCCGACGUUUACACGUCAAAUGUGACUAAUUUAUUGCGUUUCUCUCCCAAACACACUUUUUACGCUAGACGAGGUGCCCUACCGCAUGAAUACCGAUCUUGGUUCGUCUAAAUGACGAAAACUAAAGCUCUCUUUUGACUGGACCCAACAAGGUCUUCCACACUCACACGAAGAUGCCACAUUUGCUGCCCUUUACCCCCCCUUAUUUUUGGUGCAAAGAGCGAGGUUAUUCCUCACUCUGAUGACUUCUAAUUUAAACUUCCAUGGUUUUAGUUAAAGCAAAUCUGUGUUCUUGCAGCCGAUCAGAAGUGACUUUAACUUCGUUUUAAUGCGUGUUGAUGGUUUGCUGGUAUUGAUGAUACAAUCGCUGUUGACAAAAAUCGUACAGCUCGUACUCGUCCGA